AUGCCAUCUAAAAAAGAGGUUGAUGAAUUGUUAAGAAUGUUUCGUGAUAUAGAUAGAAAUAAAGAUGGUUACAUUUCAAGAACAGAAUUAUUCACGAAGAUUGGCACUACAUCUCCAGAUCGACAGAAAGUUCAUGAACUAAUCAGAUUGUUCGAUAUCAAUGGUGAUGGCAUGAUAAGUUUUGGUGAAUAUAAAUUGAUAUUGGGAUUAACAGGUCAAUCAGUCGAUGCUUGGACACGUCUAUUUCGAAAGUUGGAUAAAGAUGGUUCAGGUACUUUGGAUUUUCAUGAGAUUUGUUCACUAUUUGGUGGGGAUAAUUCUUCUGAGGUUAGAAGAUCUGUUCGAAAUUACAUGAAACGAUAUGAUACCGAUCGAGAUGGACGACUUAAUAUUAGAGAAUUUCUAACAUUUGUUGCUGAUCAAGCUGAACAUAGUGCAGUAUAA